AGAUUCAGGUGUUGUUAGGGUUUUCAAUUUCGGAUCUAACCGAAUUGGGAUCGUAAUGUGGUGAAUUGCGAUGCAGAUUAGGAACUUGGUAGAGGUGGAGCCACCAAGCCCACUCCGGUACUUGAUCGGAGCCGCCGUCAUGAUGAUCGGAGUCGUGUUACCCGUCGGUUACAUGAUGUUCCGUAACAAGCGCGGUCCCUCCUCUUCCGCCUACUCCAAACAGACGUAGGAACAAGGUUUUGAUUUGAUAUAGAGACAUGGUGAUGGUGGUGGUUGUGAUGUGAGAAGCCUCUGGUUUAGUUUGGAGGGGGUGAUUGAUUAGCUUAGAGUUAGAGGCUUCGACAGAUCUACCAUUUGUUCAAUUGUAAAUGCAUUUUGACAUUCUAAAUCUCUUAACUGCUUCUUCACUUGAUUCUGAACUCUCCUCCUAUUGAGAUGCUCCUCGUGUUCAAUAUUGUGUAGCACAAAAAAAUCUCUAUAUACGUGAUUUGCAUUUAUUUGUUUGUUUAUUUAUUUAUUUAUUUUCCCUUUAAGCAAGAAGAAAGAUCUGAUUGUUGCU